AUGAAGUACUCCCUUUUCGAAUACGAGGAGCAGCUUCCCCGCCUUCCCGUGCCGCUGUUGGCGCAGUCCACGCACCUGAUAUUGGCGGCGUUGAAGCCCCUUCUUCCUGCCGAGGAAUACUCGGAAAUCUUGAACGAGGCAUCGCAAGUGAUCACCAACAAAACGGUGCUGUUGGUCCAAAGACACUUGGAGGAGGCGGCUAGAAACCCAAACGUCACGUGCUACUUGAACGCCGUCAACGGCGAGAGCUACCCGGGCAUCUACGGCGACUUGAACGGCGAUAUUCUCCCUAGAAACCCGUUUUUGGUAUUGGAGGAGGAUCCGUACGCCCAGACCAUCAAUCCGCCUAACCAGGCACAGCGUACGGCGUCAUUGGUGAACUCCACGCUAAAGUUCAUUGUGAGCUUGAGAAAUGGCACCUUGAAGCCCGAUGUGACCCCAAAACUGGGCACUCCUCUUACGAUGAAAUGCUAUAUGAACUUGUUCGGCACGACCAGAGUGCCUGACGAGCUGCAAGAAUACCACCACAUCACCAUUGCCAAGUAUAAGCACUUCAACGACUCCCGCCACGUGCUCUUCAUCUGCAACAACCAGUACUACACCCUAGAGGUGCUCACUCCUUGUGAAGAUGUCAACCAGAACCCCAAGCACCAGAUCUGGUUCAAUGAUGCCGAAUUGGCUCCGAUCGUUCAGGAGAUCAUCAACCAGUCCUCGCUGGUCGACCAGAUCACCGCUGUGAAUAACGGUAUCGGUGCUAUCACGACUCAGACGUACGGAUACUGGAAACUGGCCAGAGUGGAGUUGAAGAAGACCAACCCCAACUACCUUGAAGCGGUUGACAAUGCUCUUUUUGUGGUGGUGUUGGAUACCACAAGUGCCCCCAAGACCGACCAAGAAAAGACCCAGGUCAUCUCUCACGGAACAUCUCGUUUGUUGGAAGGCACCAACAUUCAGAUCGGUUCGUGUACUUCUAGAUGGUACGAUAAGCUUCAGAUGGUGGUGACUUCCAAUGCAGUCGCAGGCGUUGUUUGGGAGUCCUCGCUGAUGGACAGUACGGCCAUUUUGCGUUUUAUCAGUGACAUUUAUACAGAUUCGAUCUUGAAGCUCGCAAGAAACAUCAACGGUGCUGAGAACACCCUUUUUGACGAGUCCGUGCAAUUUGUAUCGGGUAAAGUGAGUGAUCAUAAGCCCAAUGCCAGAGAGCUUCGUUUCAGAAUGACACCAGAGCUCCAGCACUUGAUCCACCUUUCUGAGACUCGUCUUGCUGAUCUUUUGAACCAGCACGAGUACAAGAGUCUCACGAUGAAGCUUGAUAGUCAUCUUUUGACGAAAUCAGGCUUGCUGGCGGAUUCGUUCUUGCAGAUCGGUUUCCAAGUUGCCCACUAUGCCUUGUACGGUAGAGUCGCCAACACUUUGGAACCGAUCACCACGAGAAAGUUCCGUGAUGCUAGAACAGACUUGGUGGCUGUGCAAAACGAGCCUAUCAACAACCUCGCUAAAUUAUUUAUUACCUCUGCUGACAACGACAAGAAGUGGCUGUCAUUUAAGGCUUGUGCCAUUGACCACACAAAGCAUUACCGUGACGCUAUGCUUGGACAAGGUUUCGAAAGACACAUUGGCGCUUUACUCCAAGUUUUGAAGAAGCCCAGUGCGGUGGAAAGUUUGAACAGGCUCAACAAGGAUGUGGAAGGUUUGGAGCCCAUUCCACCGGUCGAAGUGAUGGCAGAUGAGUACAUUCCGUUCUUGUCCAAUGAGUCCAUUGAAAGACUCACUGGUGCAGAGCUUUUGAUCAGUAACUGUGGUAACCCCGCUUUGCAUCUCUUUGGCAUAUCGCCAGCUAUCGACCAAGGCUUUGGAAUUGGUUAUAUCAUCCACAAGGAUAAGGUGGUGGUGACUGUGUCAUCAAAGUUCCGCCAGACAGAGCGCUUUUUGAGUACGUUCCGUUCUGUGAUGAAGGAGGUGAAGAACAUUCUUCGUGGAGAGGCCGACAUUUUGGAAGAAAUGGCUGACUCUGAAACAAGAAGGUAUGAGCUCAAGCGCCUCCGUAUCGAGAAGGAGUUGAAGAAUGUCAACAAGGAAUUGUACCUGACGAGGCACCCCAUUGACCUUAGGUUGGACUCGACAGCUCUGUUCAAGCUUCCAGAAAGCCCCUUGAGAGAGGCUCCUCCUGUGAUCCAGGAGUCAAGCAGCAAUUCCGACGAUAACAAGGACGACGAGUUCAACUAUCUUGGUGGUUACGGCUACUUUGAUGUUGGUGAGGUUGAUAUCAGGAGGGACGAGCUUGUACGUGAUGAAUCCUUCUUGAGCACCAACACCUCGAGUAUGACCUCCAGAACAGGCUCGCGUGUUCACUCCAGUGGCGAUUUGUACCAGAUGGGAAAGCAAAAGGGCUUCCAGUUGCCACCCCAAGGCAUGCAAUUGCCCCAACAGCCUGAUCUCAAGCAAAAGAUCUCGUUGAAUGACCAAAUCCGCGAUCGUUUGCAGCCAGACAUUCUGUCACCCAGCCUUGACGAAGUGAUGAACAAGACCGAAUGGCCGGCACAGCUGCAGCCGCAGAGCAGAAAGAAGAACCAGAUUGGCCGCGAGGUGCCGAUGCUGAAGUUCUAA